UUCCCUGUACGAGGGGGAUUUAUUUUGCAGGGUGCACACGCUUGAUAGUGGAGCACGAUGGAUUCACAGAGAGUGAUGGAUUAUCUGAUUGAGGUAGAGCUCGCUGCUGAAGAUGUGCUGUCUGAUAAACAACAGAUUGUAGACCUGGAUGGGAGAAGAAACAGAAACCGAGAAGCUUUGAAUGCUCUAAAGAACAGCAACACUGAUAAAGACAAAGUCAAGGUUUGCUUUGGGAACAUGUUCAUUAAAUUCCCCAAGGAAAGCACCAAAUCCAUGAUUCAGAAAGAUCAAGAGCAGAUCGAGCAGGAGAUAAACAAUCUCCGGAAAGGUCUCAAAGCAAAAGUAAACCAUCUCAAUGAUCUACAAGGGAAGCCUGAAAUCAGAGGAUACCACCUGUCACCACUGUCUGGUGAUGAACUCAAGGCUAUUAAUGGCAUCCUGAAGAGAUAGAAACACCUUCAAGUUAAUGUUAAAAGGCGAAGAUGACGAGGGACAUGAGGUGGUUAGAAUCAUCAGUGAUGAUGAUGAUGAUGAUGCUAGUCUCUCUGUUUCACACACCGUAUCUGUACAUUAUGUUUUGUACUGUGUGCAAAAUUUUGAGUGCAGAAGUUUGCACUCCUUCACUGGGAAACGAAGAUUUCAACGAGACCUUGACAUGUACAGACGUUUCUUCAUUGUUUUCAUUAAAUAAAGAGGUCAAUAAAGGGGAAAACCUCAGCUGACUGAGAUAAUCACAUGUUCUGCUAUUUGUUCUGGCUGUUCUUGCAAUUCCUGUCUGUAUUUUCUUCCUCCCCUCAGUUAUUUUUCUUCUACUCUUUGGGCUUGUCUUGGUAUGUACGUGUUUCUGAGCGAUGUACUUGUUUCCUUUUUCAGCUGAACGAAAGGUCAAACUGUGUGAUUGUCUUAGAAAGUCAGUUGAAGUAACAACUGUUAAUAGCUACAACAAUGUAAUAACGAUUAACUUGUCUUCUGGAUGAACCACAAUAAAUGAAUUCUCUCUCUCUCUCUC